UGCAGAGAGGAGGGAAUUUCAGUCAUGGUGAACUGCUGCAGAGAGAAAUAUUUAUUAAAAGUACAAGCUCCGUAGCUGGAUGGACUAAUGACUUUUUUCUUCCCUAUUUUCUCUGGAGACAAAGGUGAAUUCAGCCAAACAAAAGAAAGCCGGAGGGCUGGUUGUGUUUGAUCCAAAGGACCGAUCCUCACCUCCCGGCAGCACCAACUGGGAUUGAACAGAACCAUCUCCAGCCCACGGCAGCGUCGCUGGUGGAGCAAACGCCGGCUCCAGCGCUCGCUCUUCCCCCGUCUCCGCUUCCUGGCCAGACCGAGCUCCGUUAUGUUAUUUCUUCAGCUCCAUCUGUCCUGCUUUUAUUCUUUAUUUUCUGCCGUUUCUACGCUGCCGACUCUUCCGGCGGCUCUGCCGGGGCAUCUCGCGGCGUCUCAGAGCAGCCGGCGCUGGCGGUGACUCAAGGUUUGAACACUGCGCUUCGGACCCUUUUCCUCACACCCCGGGGAGCACUGGGGUGUGAGACAGGGACUUUUGGGUGCACCCCCAUGGGGUCAGACCCCAUCUCCCCAAAUUAUUGCUUUCCAGGAGCCAAGCACAUCCCUGGUGUUGGGGUCAGCUUUUAUUUUCUCUAUGCGUUUGGCCGGCAGGAGGAUUUUGGGGACCUGAGGCUCUUGGUUUGCAGUGAGGUCUGAACCAUCCUUUAUUUUAAUUCUGGUGAAAGCAGACAGCGCUGGGCAAAACUCCCCAGGGAAUUCAGAAAUUGGGGUGAAAAAGGGCUUGCGCAUCAGGGCAGGGGGCGGCGAGCGAGCGAACACGUGUGUGCGUGUCAGGGUUAGAAAACGCUUCUCCGCUGGGCACGCUGUAGGAGAGACAAGAAAAAAAGAGAGGAAAAUAAAACCAGUUGCAGCCGCGUUUUCCAAAAAGCCCGAGCGUUCCUGCUCGCCGUCGCUUCCAAGAAACGGAGAAAACCGGGGAGGUAAAUUGCAGUGAUUCAUCGCGGGCAGAUCGGAGGCAGGAAAUGCGAGUUUGCCGCCUGCUGCCCCGUGCCCACCGUGGGCUCGGGCUCGCCCGGGCCUGGCUGCUGCCCAGGGCCUGAUGCCCACCGGCCGAGCAUCCUUGUGCCGCAGCCACCGGAGCAGCCUCAACAACCGGCAACGGAAAAACAGCGAGCGGCGAAGGCCGAGAGCCGGAGCGGGGGAAUAUUUUGCCUGCGUUUCUCUGGAGCCGCUCAAGCGUGAGGGCCCCUGCCCAGGGGCCAGAUCUGCACUCCCCACCACCCUGGGUGGCUCCGGAUAAUUCGGAUGCGGUGCCUGAGCCACUUAACCCCGUCCUGCUCUGACCGUCACCCCCAAACUGCGCUGCCAUGAAGAAGAAGCCGGCAAACGGGAGGGGACCGGAUCCUGCGCCCCCCCCGCAGCGAACCCGCAGCAUCACCAAGCUGGCUGAGUACGUGGGCUCCUUCACCGUGGAGGACUUGGACCUGCAGCAGCAAGCGGGGCGGCUGGAGGAGCAGCUGCGGGCACUGAAGGACUGUCCCAGGAGGAGGUCGGUGGUGCUGAGGUUCAGCUUGCAGGGGCUGAAGGUUUACGGCGCUGACGGGGAGACGCUGCUGAUGGCGCACGCUCUGCGCCGGAUCCUGUACAGCACGUGGCGACACGCCGACCGCCAGUUCGCCUUCGUGGCCCGCAACCCCCACAGCCCCGCCAGCCCCCUCUUCUGCCACCUCUUCGUGGGGCCCCCAAGCGAGGUGCAGACCCUCCACCUCUUGCUCUGCCGCUCCUUCCAGCUCGGCUACCUCCUGGCGCACCCCGAGGAGCAGGCGGGCGAGGGGGAGCCCGCGGGGGCCGGGGUGCUGCGGGAGCCCCUCAACCCCGAGGAGGUGUCGCGCAACGUCAACGCCCUCGUGUCCUUCCGCCGCCUGCCCGUGCCCGCCGGCCUGGGCUCCCUGGGCGCAGGGGAGCGGCGGGCGGAGGCGGAGGGCAGAGCCUGGCGCCCGGGGAACCCCUACUGCUCCCCGGUUCUGGUGCGCAAGAAAGCCAUCCGCAGCAAAGUCCUGCGCUCGGGCGCUUACCGGGACUGCGGGGCCGAGAGCCAGCUCCACCAGCCGCCCCGCGACGCCGCAGCAGUGGGAUGGGAGAGCAAAGGGGCAAGGAGCUUGGCUUUCCUCCCUGAAAACGAGAGUGUCCUCGCCGAGAGCGUCUGGGCCUUCGCCGGCAUCGCCAGGGACAGUGGCAUCGCGCUGCUGCGGCGGGACGUCCCCGGCGCCUUCCUGCUGCGCCCGGAGCCCGGGCUGCCCAAGCGCUGGUGCCUGUGGGUGCGUGCGCCUUGCGGCGUCGUCCCCUAUUGCCUGUUCCGGACCCAGCAGGGCAGGUUCUGCGUGGAGCAUUCCAACGCCGAGUUUACCAGCGUGGCCGCCCUCCUGGCUCACUACUCGGGGUCACCCGGGGGCUGCUUCUGCCGCCUGGCCCCCGGCCGCCGCAACCCUGGUUACGAGGAGCGGGACCCCGGCGGGGGGGGCAGCGCCCUUGGGGAGGCCGCCUGGGCCCCCGCUGCCCCUGUCGGGGUGCAGCACGAGCGGGGGGUCCCUCUGACCCUCCCGGGUCCCUCCGACGCCCCCGGCUCGCCUCGGGUGUCCCUCCGCUCCCUCGGGCUUGCCCGGCACCUGCAGGUUUACCUCAGGUUUUCCCUUACCCGGGCUUUUCCCCGCUCCCCAAGUCACCUCAGGCUUUCCCGCCCUCAGGUUCCCCCCACCUGCUCAAGUUCCCCCUCAGACUUGUUCCAACUCUCCCCUUUCCCUUCAUCCCUCCCAAGCUUGUUCCUCCUUGUCUCCCCUUCUCCCCCAGCCAUUUGCAGCCCAUCCAUCUCUCCUCACACCGAGUUGCCGGGGGGCUCCUUCCCCUCAGUGUCCCCCACUGGGGGUGCAGUCCCUGCUCCCCACAGACCCCCCAGGUCCCUGCCCAUCGAGCCCCACGCCAUGGCCUGCGAGGCGGUGAAGGUGAUCGUGCGGUGCCGGCCCAUGAACGAGCGGGAGAAGGCGCUGGGCUGCAGGGCUGUGGUGAACGUGGAGAGCGCGCGCGGCCGCUGCUCCAUCCACAACCCCGCCGGGGAGCCCCCCAAGCUGUUCACCUUCGACGGGGCGUACAGCCAGGAGCACAGCACCGAGCAGAUCUACAACGACAUCGCCUACCCGCUGGUCGAGGGUGUCACCGAAGGCUACAACGGCACCAUAUUUGCCUACGGCCAGACUGGCAGCGGGAAGUCGUUCACCAUGCAGGGGAUCGCGGAUCCUUCUGCACAGAGAGGCAUCAUCCCCAGGGCGUUUGAGCACAUUUUUGAGAGCGUACAGUGCGCUGAAGAUGCCAAGUUCUUGCUGAGGGCUUCCUACCUGGAGAUUUACAAUGAAGACAUACGGGACCUUCUAGGAGCCGAUACCAAGCAGAAGUUGGAGCUGAAGGAGCACCCCGAAAAGGGGGCGUACGUGAAGGGGCUGUCCCUGCACACUGUGCACAGCGUGGGCCAGUGUGAGCGGCUCAUGGAGACGGGCUGGAGAAACCGGGCAGUGGGUUCCACCCUCAUGAACAAGGACUCGUCCCGCUCCCACUCCAUCUUCACCGUCAACGUGGAGAUCUGCACCACAGACGAGCGCGGGCAGGACCGCCUUAAGGCUGCAAAACUCAAUUUAGUGGAUCUGGCGGGAAGCGAGAGACAGUCCAAAACUGGAGCCACGGGGGAGCGGCUCAGAGAAGCCACCAAAAUCAACCUCUCCCUCUCGGCUCUGGGCAACGUCAUCUCGGCCCUGGUCGACGGCAGGUGCAAGCACAUCCCCUACCGAGACUCCAAGCUGACCAGGCUGCUCCAAGACUCCCUCGGAGGAAACACCAAAACGCUGAUGGUAGCGUGCUUGUCUCCGGCCGAUAACAACUACGACGAAAGCCUCAGUACUUUGCGCUACGCCAAUCGAGCGAAAAACAUUAAGAACAAGCCCUGUGUCAAUGAGGACCCCAAGGAUGCUCUGCUGAGGGAGUAUCAGGAGGAGAUUAAGAAGCUCAAGGCCAUUCUAGCUGGACAGAUGAGCGCGAGUAGCUUGUCAGGGCUUCAGCCUGCUGAGGCUGCUCACCUGGAAGCGAAGCCAGUUCCCCUCCUCAAACCCCACGUAGAUCUUGAAGCAGAGAAGCAGCUGAUCAGAGAAGAGUACGAGGAGAGACUGGCCCAACUCAAGACCAGCUACGAAGCGGAGCAGGCGUCCCGCGCCCGCCUGGAGGAGAGCAUCAGCAGCCUGAGGAACCACUACGAUCUCAAACUGGCUGCGCUCGAGGAGAACCUCAGGAAGGAAGCAGCUGCCGUGAGAACUGAAACUACUCCUGAGCAGACACCUCUGCGUGAAGACCCUGUUGCCGCAGCAGAUGAAGAACGAACGUCAACCCAGGACCCAGCUGCACCGCAAGACGCUGGCGGGGUGAGCAGGGGGAGCGCUGGCGCAGAAGUGGCUGUCACCGCUGAGGGGGUGUCCUUACCUGCAGACCAGCAGAAGGUGCUCGCCAGGCUGCAGAUGUUGGAGCGAGAGGUGGUAGGAGGCGAACAGGCUAAAAACAAGGACCUCAAAGAAAGGCAGAAACGCCGGAAGAAACACGCGGACGAGCGGAGGAUGCAGCUGCUGGCCGCGCUGCAGCAGGCGGACGAGGACGGCAGCGACUGGGUUCUGCUGAACGUCUACGACUCCAUCCAGGAGGAGGUUCGAGCCAAGAGCAAACUCCUGGAGAAGAUGCAGAACAAGCUCCGUGCUGCCGAGACUGAGAUCAAAGACCUGCAGUCGGAAUUUGAGCUGGAAAAAAUCGAUUAUCUGGGCACCAUCCGCCGGCUGGAGCGAGACCUGAUGCUCUUCCAGCAGCUGCUGGACCGGGUGCAGACCCUGGUCCGCCGUGACUGCAAUUACAGCAACCUGGAGAAAAUCAGGCGUGAAUCCGUCUGGGACGACGAAACCGGCUGCUGGAAAAUUCCAGAGCCCGUCAUUCAAAAAACCCGCCUGCCCGCAGCAGUUCCAGCGCUGCCACAGCCCAGACCUGCCCAACUGAGCCCCACAGGUGACAGCGGAGAGCUCUCGCCCGAGGAAGACCGCUACAAGCUGGUGCUAAACCGCAGCGACAGCGAGACCAUCGCCAACAGCUACUUCCGAUCGCAGAGAACCAGCCGCAUCCUGCACCAGGACCCGACCUCGGACCCAGCUCCCCCCGGGCUGGAUCGGGCUCCCAGCGGCGGCCCCGCCGCUCCCCGGCCGUUCCGCCUGCAGGCCCUGGCCCUGCCCAACGCCACCACCAAGCGCAAAAAGAGCAAAAGCCGCUCCAAAAGCCGCCACCCCUGAGGCGACGCAGGAAGCCGCCAAAUCUCGCUGUUUUUGCACCAAAACGCUCUCGCCUCCGCAUCGUAGGGCGGGACAGAGGGAGAUUUCGCUGUCACUGUUCUGUCGCGCCCUGUACCCCCCAAUUCGCUGCAAUAAACCAGUCUGACUCCGCCA